AUGCCUCACACAAAGAGACCUUCCAAGGAACGGGAAAUAACAAGACACAUGAGUGCGGUAAGAAGUCGUGUAGACUUUACUGGGGCUGGCGAUAUGGAUUGGAUGCGUGGGAGAGUUUUUCUCAAACCAGAGGACCAGUUACAAUUGACAGAAGAGGAAUUACAAGAAGAGUUUGCAAGAGUCCUAACUAUACAUAAUACGAGAGUUCCAGAUUCUUUAGUGGAAUGGUCAUGGAAGUUUAGAGAAUUUAUAACAUUGCCUCCUCCGCCAAAUUUAAUAACUGUUUUAAAUGUGCCCGGGGCUUUGUUGCACAAGGAUUCUGAAGAAGCAAAAGUGCAAUUAUCAGGAGGACUUGUUGAAGAAGAAGAAGAAGAAGAAGAAGGAGAAGAAGAAGAAGAAGUAGAAGGAGAAAAAGAAGUAGAACGAGAAGAAGCAGAAGAGAGAGAAGAUGAAAAGCAAGAUGUUGUAGAUGACUUAAAACCAAAAGAAGCUGAAGAAGAGCAAAAAGAACAUGAAGUUGAAGUUGAACCCGAUGAAGAAGAGGUAGAAGCAGUAAAACCUAAGAAGAUUCCGAAUCAAUUCAAUUUUUGUGAAAGGGCUGCUCUGACGUAUACUAAUCCUUUACGAGAAAUGAGUACACAAACAAUACCACCGCCAACAGGAACAUUUAAUACUCAUGUUUUUCAAUGGACAAUCUUUGAUGAAUAUCAAGAAGAUUUUGCUCAACAACAACGUGAAAAAGAAAAAGAAAAAAGAAUCCCAAUCUUACAAAUGAAGAAGGAAGACAUGAAAAAACAAGCCCAAACACAAUCCAUGGCAGUAUCGGCAAGAAUGCUACAAGCUGCGAAAACUUUAGAACGAAUGGUGAACCAAAAUAUUUUCAAUGAUAUAGCACAAGACUACAGAUAUUGGGAUGAUCCAAGCGACGAAUUUAAGGACGGAGAAGGAUCGUUAUUGCCCUUAUGGAAAUUUAGUUAUGAACAAACUAAAAAACAUGAUGUGACAGAUUUAUGUUUUAACGGCAGAUAUUAUGACUUGUUUGCAGUAUCUUAUGGAACAAUGUCAUUUAAUAGUCCAAUAACGAGCGGAAAAGUUUGCUUGUUUAGUUUAAAAAAUCCAUCGUAUCCAGAAUGGAUCUGUUCAAUAGAAUCUCCGGUAAUGUCCUUAGCCUUCAGCGAACAACAUCCGCAUCUUCUAGUUAUUGGUUCUAUGGAUGGUGCUGUAGCUAUAUACAACAUCAUGUUGCCACCAACGGCUCCACAAUAUAAAAGUAAUGAUGUAGGACAAAAGCAUGGAGGUAUAGUAUGGCAGGUAUCUUGGGCACCAGAUACAGAAGAAGGUAAUUUGGCAUUCUACAGUGUCAGUAUUGAUGGAAAAAUAAAUUACUGGAUAUUAAAUCAAAAUGAACUUGGCUUGACAACUGUAAUGACACUGUUCUUAGACCGACCUCCGAUACCUGGACCAGAUGGUACCAUGAUUACACUUCAAGGAUGUGGAACAUGCCUUGCAUUUCAUCCUGCAGAUCAAAAUGUGUUCUUAGUAGGAACAGAAGAAGGAACAAUAUAUAAAUGUAAUACAGCAUACAGUAGUGUUUAUAUGAAAACUUACAAUGAAGCACACAAUAUGCCAGUAUAUAGAAUAGUAUUCAAUAGAUUUAACUCUACCAUAUUUGCUAGUUGUUCCGGUGAUUGGAGAAUAAAAAUAUGGGAAGAUAAUAGAAUGGAGCCUUUGUUUAUGUUUGAUCUUGGUGUUCCAAUUGGAGAUAUUGAAUGGGCACCAUACAGCUCGACAGUAUUGGCUUGCGUAUCAAACGACGGGAAAGUCACGGUAUUUGAUUUAAAUGUAAACAAAUACAGACCAAUAUGUAGUCAAGCAGUUGUUAGUAAGAAAAAGAAUAAACUAACUCGAUUGGCGUUUAACAAUCAACUGCCGUUUAUUAUAGUUGGUGAUGAUAAAGGUACAGUUACUACAUUAAAAUUAUCACCGAAUCUCAGAGUAAAAGUGAAACCAACGAAAAGACAACUCCAUUUGACGCACAGAGAUUUAGAGAUUAUGAAAUUAGAAAGGCUACUAAGUUUUGUACGCGAACCUCCUGUAUUAACACCGCCAGAAGAUGUAAGAAUAGUAACGUAA